AUGCCUUUCCUAGUUGAGGAUACCUGUAUUAAUGGCCUGGCUACCUCUUUUGACUUGGCCGAGCUCGACGGCUGCUCCGUAGCCAUCGAUGCGACCUACUACCUCGGCUACCUUCUCGACAACUCCUCCGCUCACGAACCGCUGCUCCCGGCCCUCGGCGGCUUGACUGGCAUCACUACGCACAUCAACCAAAACCUAGACCUCUGGGGGAAGAGCAACAUAACUCCUUUUUUGGUUUUCGACGGCCUGUCCAUCACCGGCCAGGAUGAAGUGUCACUCAAGCGCGCCCGCGCAGCCAACGCCAAAACGGACGAGGCAUGGAAUCUCUACUCGCAGUCAUCAGCAGAGCAGGCCGUCAACACGUUUGGCGGUAAUCCCACCGCUUUCCGUCUGCAGAAUCUCUACCCUCUCCUGCAAAAGAUACUCAGAGAGCGCAAGCUUCACUUUCUUGUCGCUCCCUACAAUGCGAGCGCACAACUCGCACACCUUGAGAUGGUGGAUUCCGAUCAAUGCGCCGCCGUCAUGGGCUCUCAGGAGCUCCUGCUUUACGAGGUUAGAGACUGCGUAAUCCGGGGUAUUGACUUUGAGCACCACACCGUCUCUGCCGUCUCCAAGAAGCGUGUUUUGCGUACUCUCGGGGUCUCAGAGUCCAUGUUCAUCGAUGCCCUGCUCAUGGUUGGGACCUCGUUUCUCCCCGCCUUCCCUCCUCUGCUGGACCCCAUGUACCAGCCCAGUUCCACCAUUAUGGAUGCAAUCAACAUCCUGCGGACUUCGGAAAAGUCCGUGGCGUCAGCAUGCGCAUCCUUUAAUGAUAUCCUCGUUGCCCAGGAACCCAACUGGCUCGACAAGUACCGCAAGGCCAGAAUGGCUGUCAAUCACUUCAUCCACAUCACCGAAGAAGGCGAAGUCAAGGUCCACAACUUCGACACCCUCACUCAGGACAACCACGAAUACUUGGGCUUGCAGCUCCCUGCCGAGCUGUUCCACUACCUUAAUGUUGGUUUAAUUAGCUCCUCAAUGCUGAACUGUAUAACGCACAGUCAAAUUCUGGUGCAGCCAACUUUGGAUGGAACUGCCUCGGACCAAUACAAGAAGCUAAUGACUUCUAAAAUUGUGCCCAUCAAGGAGCAGGCUCUUGGGCUUAUCAUUCCCAGAGUCCAUCGCGGCAUUGGACACAAGGAUAUUACCAUGCGCGUGUGGUUUGAUCCCACGUUUUCUCUCAAGAUCAACCACCGCGCCCUGCAGCCUGCCCCUUCCGCGGUUGUCGGUACCUGGGAUGUCAAGGAGGAGAGCCUGCGUCAAUUUUUCCCUACUGACUUUAAAGGAACAGUCUAUCUUGAGGUCCUCGCUCUCGCAAACACCGAAUUUGUCGCCAAGACCAUCAGCCGUGAAAAGAUAAUCCGUGGUGUCGAUAGUACCGGCAUGAUUGUCUCCGUUGCUAUAUGGCGCUUCCUUCACCUCCGUGGUUACGUCGAUGAUUCACAUCAGCUGACGAAAUGGGGUCGCGCUCUGGCUACCACUAUGCUACAUCUGAGAGAGCUAAGAGACUCUUCCGAAAAGAACCCGAUUGAUCCUGCGCUUGAUGAGGCUGCCCUCCUAGCUUUCGAGCUUGUCAAGUUUGGCUGCCUGAAUGGACAGCACCAAGAGGCCACUCCAGGUCUUCCCCGCAAGGGUAGUGACGCAGACAAGGCAGCUCUGGUUCUCAUCAGCCAAGCCGCCACACUCCUCAAGUUACGCCACCAAGUAUUCGGCUACACUGGUCCCUUGAACAAGAGUCUGCUCAUGUUCCGAUCGCUAUCAUCGGCUAUUCGUGAAGCCGAUCGCGGUCUGAUCGAAGGUAUUGUCGCCUCCAUGUUCAUGUAUGGCCAAUGCCAGCGUGAAAGAGACGACUAUCUCGAAAUUAGUCACACGCUUCCAUUCCUGCAAGAGCCGGAUAUCGGCCUGGGCAUUGCUGUGCGCACCUUUUUCGAUGAUGAUGAAGUUAGCGACGGCAAGGAGGCACGUGCGAAGCGUCUAGAAGAGUUCCCCAAGACCUUUGUCCCAUAUGCCGAGGGUCUGACCGAAGACUUCCGCCUUGCCGUCGACUUUUUCAAUAGCAUCAACCAAGGACUACAAACUCUGGACAACAAGGAGCUACCCGCCGCCGACAAGGCUGCCUGGGCCAAGGCUCGGGCGUAUCUUGAUGCCAGACCAUUUUGA